AUGUUAUCUUAUUUUGUUCUCUUUAUAGUUUCUGCUACCGCUGCCAAUUAUGUUGCUCAAAUGAAUAUGCUUCCAAUGCUUAAUGGGGCAAAUUUCAAGCUGUGGAAAGAGAAUGUGGAAAUUGUUCUCGGCUGCAUGGAUCUCGACAAUGCGCUAAGGACUGAGAAAUCCACUUCUACUCAGAAAAAUCCAAACACGGAUAAAAUUGAGAAGUGGGAACGCUCAAAUCGCAUGUGUCUGAUGAUCAUGAAACGUUCCGUUCCGGAGGCAUUUAGGGGCUCGAUUAUUGAGACUACUGAUGCCAAGUUGUUUCUGAAGGAACUCGAGCAAUACUUUGCUCGAAAUGAAAAGGCUGAAAUUGGUCAAACCUUGUCCAAACUCAUAAACAUGAGGGUUGCCUGUGGAGUCGACCGCCAAGUGAUGUUGAGAGAUACAUCUUUGUGGGCGAUGGCAAGAAGUUCUUUGAUUGAUAAUCUUUACAUGUUUGAUACUGUUUCUACUGAUAAUGAAAUAUUGCACUCGAGUGCAAAUGGUACAAAGCGAAAGUUAAAAGAGAAUUCUGCCAUUCUGUAG